CGUGUAAACAAACGUAAAUAAUGUUACCUUUUAAAUAAAAUCGGUCUUAUAUUGUAUAAUAUUUUAUUAUCGCACAUGGGCUGACCUGUUUGACACAGUAAUAAAUAUUUUACAAUUGACAAUACCAAUGAAAGAAAACUUUUGAAUUUAAGAUAAACAAGUCGGAUUAGAACUAGCAGGGGAAUAAAAGUGAAGGUGCGUUUUAAAAAAAAAAAUUAAAAUCAUAUAUAAUACAAAUACAAAGUCAUGGGAUGUGGAUCUUCGACAGCAGAUAACUCGGCAACAACACGAAAUGAGACACAACCGAAGCCGACAACCAAUGACAAUACACCAACUAGGAAUGAGACACAACCGAAACCAAAACCUGAUACAGGGAACCAGUUUAUGAAUGAUGCUAUUGCGUCCCACAACAAGUACAGAGCGAUCCAUGGGGCACCUGAGAUGCAGCCAGCACAGGAACUGAUAGACUACGCACAAAAAUAUGCAAAUGAUCUAGCUAAAAGAGACACCAUGGAACACAGUAAAUGCACACUGCCCUCUGGUGGGAGAAUAGGAGAAAAUCUUUACUGUUAUUGGUCCAGCAAUACGACAGAAUCUCCUACAGCGGAAAUGGCUGUAAGUUCUUGGUACGACGAAAUUAAGGAUUAUAACUUUAAUAAUCCAGGAUUUGGUAUGAAUACAGGUCAUUUUACACAAGUGGUAUGGAAGGGAUCUACAGAGCUAGGUAUGGCCUGGGCGAAAGCUUCCGGUGGUACAACGUACGUGGUGGCUAAUUACAGACCUGCAGGCAAUAUGAUGGGAGACUUCGAACAAAAUGUACUUCCGAAACAAUAAUUAGUUAAAAAAAAACUAUGAUAGGCAAUGUUUGAGUGUUCAUAUGUCUUUCUUGACCCAUCUUUGUUGAAGGUUUGAUUUUUCUUAAAAAAAUGUGUUAUCUAUGUGUUAUCUGUACGCAGUCGUAACCAAGAGUUUUACUAGAGAAAGAAAGAUGCAUAUUUCGCACAUCUUCAAAGGUAGCAAUACAAAUGUUCUUGUCGAGUCAUAUAAGUCACUUAGAAUCACUGCUCCCCGCUGCUGCGAGUUCGAAUCUCACCCGAGAGGUCGAGCAAGUUUUUUAUAUUUUAAAUUGCAAUACGUGAGUACUUUUAUCUCUACACGAUCUGUGAUUUAUUUGCUCAGUUGUUUAAGUAAGGUUAUUUUUAGAUUGUCAUAUAAUUUAGAUAUAAUUUUUUAUAUUGCAUCGAGUAAAUGUGUAUGUUUAUGUUUUAAAGAUAAAUUUUAUUGCACCUGUUUAAUGAUUUACCAAAGAUAUAUCUAUUCUAUAUACUAGAUCUUAUAAUUUAUUUAAAAAAAUAAAACUAUAAAAAUAUUU